CGGCGAUGUCGAUUACUGGGGGGCAUAGCCAAUCUUUGCACUUAAUCCCGGGGAGUCGUGGAGAGGACGUACAAGGUAUUUAAGAAGUGUGGGUUGCCCCGUCUUUGGUUUAUCCAUCGAAACUGGUACGUCUAAGCCAGUCCACAGGGCAGAUUGCGCAACACUCUUCUUUACCAUUUUUCAUCAGUCAAGAUACCCGUGUACUCUAGCUUGUCACAAUGGAGAAACAAUACCCCCAUGCCGACCAGCAGGAAGGUCUGCCAGCCACUGGCGAGACGAAUGAAGAGAUGACCGCGGGAAGAUACAUCGCGACCCGCAUCUCCACACUGAAGCCUCCAAUGACCAAGGUCAAGAAUCCAAUUGGCCUUCUGAGACUACUCAACACACAGCAGUGGCUCUUCUUUUUUGUUGCAUUCAUCGCUUGGACAUGGGAUGCAUUCGACUUCUUCACCGUAUCGCUCACGGUCUCCGACCUCGCCAAAGACUUCGGAAAGACCACAAAGGAUAUCACUUGGGGUAUCACCUUGGUCCUCAUGUUCCGUUCAAUCGGUUCCAUCAUCUUUGGUAUUGCUGCAGACCGCUAUGGUCGCAAAUGGCCUUUCGUCAUCAACAACAUCCUCUUCAUUGUUCUUGAACUCGGCACCGGCUUCUGUCAAACGUACAAGCAGUUCCUUGCCGUUCGUGCACUCUUUGGUAUUGCCAUGGGCGGACUUUACGGAAAUGCUGCCGCCACCGCACUCGAGGACUGUCCAGAAGAAGCUCGUGGUAUCAUCAGUGGAAUGUUGCAACAGGGAUACGCCUUUGGUUACCUGCUCGCUGUCGUCUUCGCUCGUGGACUCGUUGGUACCACUUCCCAUGGCUGGAGACCACUCUUCUGGUUUGGAGCAUGUCCUCCUGUCUUGAUCAUCAUCUUCAGACUGUGUCUUCCUGAGACUCAGGCAUACCGCGAGCGCCAGGCCGUUCGUGAAUCUGGCAGCCCAUCCAUCGGAGGCACUUUCAUCGCUGAAGGCAAGGUCGCACUCAAGCGUCAUUGGUUACUUUUGACCUACAUGGUUCUCCUCAUGGCAGGCUUCAAUUUCAUGUCUCACGGUUCCCAAGAUUUGUACCCUACAAUGUUGAAGAAUCAAUACAAAUUUGACGCGAACUCCGUCACAAUCACCCAAGUCGUCGCUAACCUUGGUGCCAUCACUGGUGGUACAAUCAUGGGAUACUGCUCUACGAUCUUUGGCCGUCGUUUCACCAUCAUCGUUGCUUGCGUAGUCGGCGGUGCUCUGUUGUACCCAUACACGUUUACUUCGUCCAAGGCUGUCAUGGCAGCUGCAUUCUUCGAGCAAUUCUGCGUUCAGGGAGCAUGGGGUGUAAUACCCAUUCAUCUGAUGGAACUGAGCCCUGGUGCUUUCAGAACCUUCGUCGUCGGAACUGCUUACCAGCUUGGUAACCUUGCUUCCAGCGCCAGUUCGACCAUUGAGGCUCAGAUUGGUGAGCAAUUCCCCUUGCCUCCUGCAGGCAAGGUUAAGAGAUAUGACUAUGGCAAAGUCAUCUGCAUCUUCCUCGGAUGUGUGUACGUCUAUGUCAUCAUUCUUACUCUGGUCGGUCCCGAGUUCAAGGGUCGUGAUAUGAGAGUCAUUCACGACGAAGACAUGGCUGAGGCUAUGGGAACAACCCUCAAGGAGAAGCGCCAAGACUCGGAGUAUGCUGAUCGCAUCGAGCAUGUGUCUUGAGAUAGCAAGAUGAGGCGGCGCAGGCAGAAACUCGUUGGGACGGAGAUGCGACGUGUUUCGAUGUUGAUAUCGCUCUGUUUUUAAAGAUACCACGAUAAGAAUGAAAUCUGCUCACAAUAUGAUACACAAU